AUGAACUGUCUCUCUCAUAUGCUGAACAAUGCCGCACGCCAGAAUAGAUUCAGAUACCACACCAACUGCUCUCCCCCUAAACUCACUCAUCUAUCGUUUGCUGAUGAUCUACUCAUCUUCAUAGAUGGCUCCAUCAACUCUGUCCAGCAAGUCCUGCAAGUCUUAAAAGAGUUUGAAAUGAGGUAUGGUUUGGCAGUGAGUAUGCAAAAGACUUGUUUCUAUGCUUCAGGAAUGACGGGGGUAGAAACAGACCUGAUUCAAGCCUCCACUGGAAUGAGUCUUGGCUCUCUCCCUUUUCGUUAUCUGGGGGUCCCUUUGAACUCCAACAAGCUGUCUCUUGUCAACUGUGAGCCAUUGAUCCAUCAAAUCAAAACCCGGUUCUCCUGCUGGUCGGUGAAGUCACUCUCUUUCUCUUGGAGGUUACUUUUUAUUAAAACGGUCAUUGCAGGAAUAACAACUUUCUGGUGCUCUGCAUUUGUCCUCCCAAAGGCAUGUAUCAACCGCAUUAAUUCGCUGUGUAGUAUUUUCCUGUGGAAAGGAGCCAUAGAAGGUCACAAUUCAGCUCGCGUGUCUUGGGAAACUGUGGUUUUGACAAAAAGACAGGGAGGUCUUGGUGUCAAGGACUUACUUACUUGGAAUAGAGCGUGCACUUUGCGUCUCUUAUGGCUCCUCUUCUUCAGACCAGAGUCGGUAUGGGUGCAGUGGUUCAAAGAGGUGAUACUCAAAGGAUCUGUGCAUAACUACUGGUCAAUAUCACCGAAGCAAUCUUACUCGUGGCUGGUAAAUAAGUUGUUGAAGCUAAAGACAGUGGUCUAUCCCUUGAUCAAGCUACGGCUAGAAAAUGGGGAAACUGCAAGAUUCUGGACUGAUAAUUGGACUCCCUUUGGAGAUCUUCACACUUUCUUGUCGGGGUAUAAUUCGAGAUUGGGGAUUCAUCAGCAAGCCACAGUCUCAUCGUUAUACUCUAAUGGAUCAUGGCAAAUUCCGCCUGCAAGAUCAGAGGCUCAACUUCAACUAUAUGCGUAUCUAACAACACUGCAGCUGACAGAGAAUCAAGAUUACUACGAAUGGGAAGUCAAUGCUCAAGUACUAAGAAGCUUUAAAACAGGUGUGCUAUAUGAUUACCUGACUGAACCGAAACCAGAUGUAGUUUGGCAUAAGGUGAUAUGGAUAUCCAGACCAAUUCCUCGACACAGCUUCCAUGCCUUGCUUGUAAUUCAGAACAGACUACCGACAAGAGACAGACUGAUCAGCUGGGGGCUCCAAACUGUGGAUCGCUGUCUCCUCUGCAAUUCAAAUCCAGAAUCUAGGGAUCAUCUUUUCCUCUCCUGCAAUUACAGUACUGACUUGUGGAAUAUUAUAGCUAGGAGACUGCAUAUUCGGUCUAUCACGACUUGGCAAGACACUCUGGAUCAGAUGCUGUCGCUUCCACCUCCAGUUCAUCAGAGAAACCUCACUCUCCAAGCUUGGCAAUCGACUCUUUACUGGCUAUGGACAGAGCGUAAUGCACGACUUCAUUCAAACACCUUCAGGUCAGUGGACCAGCUCUUCAAAUUGAUUGACAGGCAGCUUAGGAACAAGCUCCAAAGCUUUAGAGAAGAAAACCCAGCUCGAUCUUCGCUCAUGAUGCAGAGCUGGUUACGCUUCUCGUGA